CCCACUUUCCCUGACCUGCGAAGGCGCUCGGAAACUUCCGCGACAAAUGGCAGUUGCGAAUCGCAGAAUGCGAGCGCAGAAGCGGAACCCGUCGUCCCAGAUUUGACGAGCGCUUUCUUGAUCUCUGCGUUCGUCUUCGUUUUUGUAUAGAUUCGAUCGGUUCGAGCUGCAAUGAAAUUCUUCAACGAUUUGCCGCCGAUGGAUCACUUUCGAUCCGAAAACAUGAGCCUCGUGCAGCUCAUUAUGCCCGUCGAAUCCGCUCAACACGCCGUCUCCUACCUUGGUGAGCUAGGACUCCUCCAAUUCAAAGACUUGAAUGGUGACAAGAGUCCUUUUCAGAGAACAUUUGUUAAUCAGGUAAAGAGGUGCAGCGAGAUGUCAAGAAAACUAAGAUUUUUUGCUGAUCAGAUAAGCAAGGCUGGUGUUACAACUUAUCCAAAUCCUGAUUCAGAAGAAGUGAUUGACUUGGAACAACUAGAGAUAAGAUUGAGUGAACAUGAGGGUGAACUUCUAGAAAUGAACAGAAACAGUGAAAAGUUGCAACAAACAUAUAAUGAGCUCCUUGAAUUUAAGUUGGUGUUGUUAAAGGCAGGUAGAUUUCUUGGCUCAGCUCAAAAUCAUCUAGUCAUGGCAGAGACUGAGUUAGUCGAAAAUACAUACUCUAUAAAAAAUGAGGACAGAUUAUCUUUGCUUGAGCAGUCUAUGCAGCCUGAGCCUUCAAAAAAAGCUGGAUUGAGAUUCAUCAGUGGAAUUAUAUGUAAGUCAAAAGAGCUAAUAUUUGAGAGGAUGCUGUUCCGUGCCACCCGGGGUAAUAUGUUUUUCAAUCAGGCACCAGCAGGGGAGCAGGUCAUGGAUCCAGUGUCUGGUGAAAUGGUACACAAGACUGUAUUUGUAGUUUUCUUCUCUGGAGAUCAGGCUAGGAGCAAAAUACUGAAAAUAUGCCAAGCUUUUGGUGCAAAUUGCUAUCCUGUACCCGAAGAGAACAACAAACAGAAGCAACUGACUCAUGAGGUUUCAUUGCGCCUCUCUGAAUUAGAAGCAACUCUAGAUGCUGGAACAUGCCAUAGAAAUAAGGCCUUGGCUUCAAUUGGUUCUCAACUGUGGAACUGGACUAUCAUGGUAAAAAAAGAAAAAUCUGUAUAUGAUACUCUGAAUAUGCUUAACUUUGAUGUCACAAAAAAGUGCCUUGUUGGAGAAGGAUGGUGUCCAACAUUCGCUAAACCACAGAUCAAGGAGGCUUUGCAUCAAGCAACAAUACAUAGCAAUUCUCAAGUGGGAAUAAUAUUUCAUGAUAUGGACUCUUCUGAGUCUCCCCCAACAUACUUCAGAACAAAUCGGUUCACAAAUGCAUUUCAGGAAAUUGUGGAUGCAUAUGGUGUUGCCAGAUUUCAAGAAGCAAAUCCUGCUGUUUACUCGGUCAUUACCUUUCCAUUUUUAUUUGCUGUGAUGUUUGGUGACUGGGGUCAUGGUUUAUGCUUGCUGUUUGGAUCGCUGGUCCUUAUCCUUCGUGAGAAAAAGCUAGGAUCUCAGAAACUCGGUAGCUUUAUGGAGAUUGCAUUUGGAGGACGCUAUGUACUACUGUUGAUGGCCUUCUUUUCAAUAUAUUGUGGACUCAUAUACAAUGAGUUCUUCUCUAUUCCCUUCUAUAUCUUUGGUGAAUCUGCUUACAAGUGCCGUAGUACUGAUUGCAGUGAUGCCCAGACUGCUGGUCUUAUUAAGUUCCGUGAUCCAUACCCAUUUGGGGUGGAUCCUAAGUGGCGUGGAAGUCGCUCUGAAUUGCCUUUUUUGAACUCACUCAAAAUGAAGAUGUCUAUAUUGCUAGGUGUAUGUCAGAUGAACUUAGGAAUCAUAUUGAGUUACUUUGACGCCAAGUUUCAUGGAAACCCCCUUGAUAUACAGUAUCAGUUUAUCCCGCAAAUAAUAUUUCUCAAUAGUCUCUUCGGUUAUCUUGCACUUCUUAUUGUCAUCAAAUGGUGCACAGGAUCUCAAGCUGAUUUGUAUCACGUAAUGAUUUAUAUGUUCCUUGAUCCAUUUGGAAAUCUUGGAGAGAAUCAAUUGUUUUGGGGCCAGAAAGAAUUGCAGAUGUUGCUAUUGAUUCUAGCUGUUGUGGCAGUUCCUUGGAUGCUCUUCCCAAAACCAUUUAUAUUGAAGAAACAACACACAGAGCGAUUCCAAGGCCGGACCUAUGGCUUUCUUGGGACAUCUGAAAUGGAUCUUGAUCAUGAACCAGAUUCUGCAAGGCAUCAGCAUCAAGAAGAUUUCAAUUUCAGUGAGGUAUUUGUUCAUCAGAUGAUACAUUCUAUUGAGUUUGUCCUAGGUGCAGUCUCCAACACAGCCUCAUACCUCCGCCUUUGGGCCCUAAGCUUAGCACACUCAGAAUUGUCAACUGUCUUCUAUGAGAAACUACUACUACUUGCUUGGGGGUAUGAUAGUAUAAUCAUCCGGAUAGCAGGUCUUGCUGUCUUUGCUUUUGCGACAGCAUUCAUUUUGCUAAUGAUGGAAACCCUUAGUGCAUUCCUUCAUGCUUUACGACUUCAUUGGGUUGAAUUCAUGAACAAGUUCUACCAUGGUGAUGGCUACAAAUUCAAGCCUUUCUCCUUUAAGGCACUCGCAGAUGAGGAGGAUUAAUAGUUGGUGCAAGAUGAAAUCUUUUGCUUCACUGACAAGUACAUGAAAGUUUGAUAGACAAAAUGGAGCAGUAUUGAAUUUUCUAUAGCAGUGGCAUGGUAAGAGAAAUAGGGGAACAAAAGACACUUGAGAUUAGCACAAUUUUCCACAAGCUGUGGGUUUCGAUGGCCUUGACAUCAUGGACGCUUUUUGGCGUCUGACAGGCCAAGAAAUCUCACAAGAAAGAGAAUUCUUCUGGAUACAGAUUAGCUCCAUAGUCAAAUGUCCUCAAGGAUUUUGUUCCUAUUUUUUUAGUCAAAUAGAAAUGUAGAUUAUGUUGAAUUUGAGGCCUCCAUUUGCCCUCAUAAUUUGUUCGAAUCGGCACCAUAUGAAUCCACAUAUAAUGAAAAUAUUUCUCCUCUUCUUCUUCUUCGUAUUUCCA